UGGACUCCACACCAGAACGUUCUUUAUAAACUUCAAAAUGGCAUCCUCUAAGAAGGUUACUCUCUCAGUGCUGAGUCAGGAGCAGUCAGAGGCGGUUGGAGCUCGGGUCCGCAGAAGCAGUGGCAGACCUGAGUUGAAAAAUCUGGAUCCAUUUUUACUGUUUGAUGAGUUUAAAGGAGGAAGGUCGGGAGGGUUUCCUGAUCACCCACACCGAGGUUUUGAAACAGUAUCUUACCUUCUGGAAGGGGGCAGCAUGGCCCAUGAAGACUUCUGCGGGCAUGUUGGUAAAAUGAACCCAGGAGACCAACAGUGGAUGACUGCAGGCCAGGGCAUUCUGCAUGCUGAGAUGCCCUGCUCAGAGGAGCCAGCCCAUGGCUUACAGCUGUGGGUGAAUCUGAGACGCUCAGAAAAGAUGGUGGAACCUCAGUACCAGGAACUGAAAAGUGAAGAGAUCCCGAAACCCACCAAGGAUGGCGUGACAGUCGCUGUCAUUUCAGGAGAAACCUUGGGGAUUAAGUCUAAGGUUUACACACGUAUACCAACCUUGUAUCUGGACUUCAAGUUGGACCAAGGAGCAAAGCAUUCCCAGCCUAUUCCUAAUGGGUGGACAAGCUUCAUUUACACUGUCUCUGGAGAUGUAUAUAUUGGACCUGAUGGUGCUCAGCAAAAGAUAGAACCCCAUCACACAGCAGUGCUUGGAGAAGGUGACAGUGUCCAGGUAGAAAAUAAGGACCCCCCAAAAAGCCAUUUUGUCUUAAUUUCUGGGGAACCAUUAAGAGAACCAGUUGUCCAACAUGGUCCAUUUGUGAUGAACACCAAUGAAGAAAUUUCUGAGGCCAUUCUUGAUUUCAGAAAUGCAAAAAAUGGUUUUGAGGGGGCCAAAAUCUGGAGGUCAAAGAUUGGAAACCUGUAAAGAGCUGAAAUUCUGCCAUUUGGAUGGACUGACCAUUCAAAUUUCCAAAGCUGGUUUAGCUGAUGCUUCUAAAGAAUUU